CUGUUUAUAAAUUAUAUUUACUGUUAGUGUUGGCCAAGUAGGGUUAGUAAAAACGAUUAACGUUCGUUGAAAUUGAAAAGAUUUGAUAUAUAUUAGUUUUUAUAUUUACAAGUAACGUUAUUAAGAAUUAUUCUGUUAUCAUGGACGUCAACAAAUUAAUAGAACUUCUUAAAGGAACAACACAUCCAAGUCAUCGCGAAGAAGCUGAAAAAUGGUUAAGACAAGUUCAUAAAAUUAUUGGAUUUGCACCUUCUUUGCUAGAAUUAGUGAUGAUGACCAACUUAGAAAUGUCUGUUAGACAAGCUGGUGUUAUUUACCUAAAAAACCUAGUUUUGCAAUUUUGGCAAGAAAAAGAACAAGAACCAUGGAAGCCCGCACUUUUCCAUAUUCAUGAACAAGAUCGUGCAAUGAUUAGAGAUUCAAUUAUUGAUGCAACUGUCCAAGCACCAGAACUCAUAAGGAUUCAGCUGGCAGUAUGUGUCAACCAUAUUAUAAAACAUGACUUCCCUGGACGUUGGACAGAGAUUGUUGAUAAAAUCUCUAUCUAUCUGCAGUUACCAGACACUUCAAGCUGGAUAGGUGCAAUAAUGUGUCUCUAUCAGCUUGUUAAGAACUAUGAAUACAAGAAACUAGAAGAAAGAGGACCACUGAAUGAAGCUAUGAAUCUACUUCUUCCACUUGUACACCAAAAAAUUAUCCAGUUACUGCCAGACCAGUCAGAAACUUCAGUAUUGAUACAAAAACAGAUUUUAAAAGUCUUUCACUCACUUGUUCACUACUUUCUUCCACUAGAUCUUCUUCCUAAACAUGUUUUUGCUUCAUGGAUGGAAGUUUUCCGAGCAGUGCUUGACUCCCCUGUACCAGAGGCUGCCAACCUAGUAGAGGAAGAUGAACGACAAGAUCUGUCAUGGUGGAAGUGCAAAAAGUGGGCUAUGCGUAUUCUCAUUAGGAUUUUUGAAAGGUAUGGGAGUCCAGGAAAAGUGACCAAAGGAUACAGAGAAUUUGCUGAAUAUUACUUAGAAAUGUUUUCUGCUGGCGUUCUACAGGUUAUGCUGAAGUUAUUAGAUCAGUAUCGUCAGAAAAUCUAUGUAUCUCCUCGGAUUCUACAGUUAAUUUUUCACUAUAUGAAUCAGGGAAUUGGGCACGCCCAUACAUGGAAACUUAUCAAACCCCAUAUGACGGAAAUCAUUCAAGAUAUAAUUUUCCCUCUUAUGUGUUACACUGAUGAUGAUGAUGAAAUGUGGAAAAAUGACCCUCAUGAAUAUGUACGCUGGAAGUUUGAUGUCUUUCGAGAAUUUAUAUCACCCAUCACUGCUGUUCAAACUUUGUUACAUUCUGUUGCCAAGAAACGCAAGGAGAUGUUGGAUAGGACCAUGGCUUUUGUCAUGCCUGUUUUAACAGAUCCAUCCUCUAACCCUAGACAUAAGGAUGGAGCUUUGCACAUGUUAGGAACUGUUGCAGACAUAUUGAUAGAGAGAAGUGAUUAUGAGGAUAAGAUGGAGACAAUUCUAGUGACAUACGUGUAUCCUGAGUUUAACAGCCAAUAUCCAUACUUGAGAGCAAGUGCAUGCUGGUUACUUCACUACUUUCAUAAAAUGAAGUUUUCUAACGAAUACAACCUAAUACAAGCUGUCCAAUUAGCACAACACUGUUUAAUUCAAGAGAAAGAACUUCCUGUGAAAGUGGAGGCUGCAAUAACCAUACAGAUGUUGAUUCUCAGCCAAGAAAAAGCCCAGGAGUUUAUUAGGCCACAGGUAAAAUCAAUUGCCUUGGAACUCUUAAAAAUCAUCAGAGAAACAGAAAAUGAUGACUUGACAAACAUCAUGCAGCAUUUGGUGUGUGUGUUUGCUGAAGAGUUAGCACCUAUUGCUGUGGAGAUGACUAAUCAUUUGGUACAGACCUUUCUUGAAAAGAAGACAGUUUUCUUAGAUGGAACAGAUGGUUCUGGAGACGAAAAGGCUGUGACAACUGGAAUAUUAAAUGCCAUUGAGACAAUUCUGUCAGUCAUGGAGGAUGAAAAAAAAAUCAUGCUUGAAGUGGAACCUUAUGUUCUACACGUAUUGGAGUGAUUUUCUCACAGAAUAUAGUUGGUGAGUAAACUUGUUAUGAUGUUUUGGUUUACAGGCUCAAUGAUUGGAGUGAUUUUCUCACAGAAUAUAGUUGAAUUAUAUGAAGAAGCCUUGUCCCUAACAUGCAGCUUAACCUGUAAUUUCAUCUCUCCAGACUCGUGGAAAGUGUUUGAAAUGAUGUAUCUCAUAUUCCAGAAUAAUGGAAUUGAAUAUUUUACAGAUAUGAUGCCAGCCCUGCAUAACUUUAUUAGGGUGGAUUCGUCAACUUUUCUAAGUAACCACAACCACUUACUAGCAAUAUACGAGAUGUGCAACAUGGUGCUGAGGGGUAAUGUUGGCGAGGAUGCCGAGUGUCAUGCUGCUAAGCUCCUGGAGGUGGUGAUUUUACAGUGUAAAGGACAGAUAGAUCAGUGUAUUCCAUCAUUUGUGGAAUUGGUUUUGGAAAGGCUAACCCGGGAAGUAAAAACUUCAGAGCUUCGAACCAUGUGUUUACAGGUAGUAAUAGCUUCCCUUUUCUACAAUCCUGCCUUAUUAAUGGAUACAUUGGAGAAAAUUCGUUUGCCCAAUGUGACCUUUUCUGUGACUUCUCAUUUCAUCCAGCAGUGGAUACAUGACACUGACUGUUUCCUUGGGUUGCAUGAUAGAAAACUGUGUAUCUUGGGGCUAUGCACUCUAAUAGCCAUCCCUCCCCAGAGGCCAGCUGUGAUACAAGAAUGUGCCAAAGAAAUCAUUCCCUCUCUUUUAUUGCUUUUUGAUGGUCUUAGAAGAGCCUAUACUUAUCGAAUUCAAGAAAUGACAAAACCCAGAAACGAAGAAGGGGCUAACUUUCUUACUGAUCAUAAAGAUGUAUUGGAAAGUGACGAAGAUGAUGUGGAUACAGGUCCAGGAAGAUCAGUAGUGCAUUCCAGAGAUUUUAAUGAUGGCAGUGAAGACAGUGAAGAUGAGAGUGAUUAUGAUGAUUAUAUUUCUGAAGAAACUGUUCUAGAAAGUUAUACAACACCUUUAGAUGACGAUGAAAGCCAAGGAGAUGAAUAUAUCAUUUUCAAAGAUGUAUUGCAAAGAAUUAGUGAAGCUGAUCCUGAUUGGUACAGUAACCUCACAGCCCAUCUAACCACUGGACAACAGCAAGCAUUAAAAGAUAUUCUGCUAUUAGCUGACCAAAAAAGAGCUGCUGCAGAGUUUAGAAAUGUUGAUGACGGUGUUGGUUGCAAGUUCCUUAACCAGACAGUGCCAACGACUUUCAGUUUUGGGUCAUCUUGAAAAUCUUGUGUAAAUAUACAAGUCUAAUCACCUACUAGUCUUUAGCCUAUUAUAUUAUCACUGCACACAACAAAAGGAGAAAAUGUGGGAGCCAUAUUUGCAUUUAUUUAAGCUCAGUCAUUUGCUUUAAUUUCUUUAUACAUGUAUAUGUAUACUUCGCAACUUGUCAUACUGUAUUUUUUAUAGUAAACAAUAAAAAAUAUUUGAACUGUAUUCUUAAUCUUAAACAAUCGAUAUAUGCUAAUCAGUUUUGUCCUAAAAUUUUCUUUAUGUGAAAUUAUAUACCUCACAGUGACAAGGGGUCUGUGCUAUGCUCUAAUAACAAUGGAAGGAUUGUUACAUUUCAAAUUGAAAAAUGCCUUGACUUUUUGGAUACAAUCAUGAAAUUAAUUGGCUCUCCAGAGAAAUUACCUAAAAGAAACACAGUUCUUAUUUUUAAAAAAAUCUCUCUCAAUCUCUUCUAUCAUUCCCAGCUUGAAAUGGGAAAGGAUCAUAUAAGUGGAAGAGAAACAUUUAUUGGUUAUCUCACUGAAAUAUUGUUAAAUUACCAUAUUUCUAAAAAAAAAUAUAGUAGAUUAGGUAUUUCAAAUUAUUUUACAUGAAAAAUAACUCUUUCGUAAAUAAUAAAUUCAACUUAGGUCAUAGUAUUAUUCUUGAUAUUAAAACUGGAAUUUACUGAUGUUUGUGAUAGGCCAACAGUUUAUUAGAAAAAAAAAAGUUCCAUUAAUUUACUUUCAGAAAGUAUUCAUGAAAAUAGGUACUAGUUUGUAUGAAACCCAAUCAUCUGCUGUAUGAUUAUACAUAUAAACAUUAGUACCAGUUUAAAUGAUAGAAGCCAAUCAGGAGUUACUAAACUGAGUCGAGGGGUUUAUAUAAAAACAAAGGGAAAGAAGGUAGACCAGUAAUCAGAAUCUUGCUUUGCUAGCAGGGUUCAAAGACUACAGCAUAACAUAACCAAAGACGUAAUACAACUUAAAUGUCUUUUAUACAUUUCAAACUUUUAUUUAUUCCUUAGUAUCUGAAGCUGAAACAAACCUUAACCUUGUAAGAACAAUUUGAUGAUGGUGGCAUUUCAAUGUUUUGCUUCUUUGGGAAGACGGCUAAAAUGGAAGUUCGAGGUUUUAUGAUAUUGUUUGUCUGUAGUAGAUUUUUAACAAAAUGUUCAUUAAUGUAGUGAUUGUAUUUAAUCAAGUAAGUAGGAUCACAUACUUAUUUCGCUUGUAUAAAUAUAUAUAUCAAUGAGAUUUGGCCAUAACUUUUUAUGCAGUUGCUUGUAUGUAAUUACAGAAGGUUAAUUUUGUUUAUUUGAAUUGUGUGUAUUUAAUGCAAUAAUAAACAAGGCUUCAGAGUUAAAUCUUUACAAGCUUCUAGAUACACAUCAAAAUCAGUGGCUGUUUUCAUAAGUAUGAUCAAAUUAAUGGACUCUAGUGAUUUCUUAUUAAAUGUGGUCUUGGAAGCUAAUAUAUACAUGUUUGUGGAGAUGUGGUCUAAAACUGACCUUCCCAUACUAUUAUCAUGGAAGUACUUAUAAGAG